CAAGCCCUACUAAAUGAGCAGAGAACGAAACGUUUGACCAAUUGACCAGGCGCACGAUAUCAUUUGUGAGCGAUCACCUACCACGCUAGCAAUGGAUUCUCCGUCGCCGGCGCCGGCGAAGGACGUAAAAACGUUAGUCUCAUUAUACUCCAACUAUCUCUGGACCCGGCUUCGUACCUUUUUGCCCGCUACUUCAUCUACCUACGGCUCGAGCCUGCUCGCUGGAAUCUCAAAUCUCUAUGGCGGCGGCGGCGGCGGAGGCGGCGCCGCCAAGCGCCGACGGAGGAAGACUUGCCUCCCCGUCCCUCUGCCUACCUCUGCCUCGGUCUCCUCUUCCCCCAUGACUGCAUCUGAAAAUUCCAGAAUUUUUAAUGUUUUGGAGAACAUUAUUGAACACACUUUCUUAAACUUGCAUUACAUCCAGAAGAACCUAGAAUUUUGGCAAUCUAAAGCUGAGGAAUCCAAUGCUCGAAAAGCAUACUUCAUGAUAUGUGGGAGAGGUCCAUGUGCAUUUUUUAAUGGCACAAUUGAAUUGAUACGUGGUUAUGUUAGUGAUGGUUCUGGGAAACAGCACACGUAUGGUCUGGCAUCCUCUUAUAUAUCUGAGAGAAUAACUGUGUUGAGCAGUUUAAGAUACUGUUUGGCUACCUUUCUGGCUCAGAUCUACAUGGUGGUGGACACAGCUGGAUAUGACUUAGUCAAUGACCCUGAGAAGUCAGUGUCAUUAUUAUUGGUAAAGAUCAAUGAUCUGUUUCUGAUAUUGGAGGCUUCUAUUGGAGAUUUCCAUGCAACACGUCAGAAAGACUCUUCUGUAGAGGGAAGCUAUUCAGGUCCUCUAAUGUUUGAGAAACUUCCAGAAGUAAAUCAGGAUGGUUCUCAGUGGACAGAUAGUGAGGUUCAAGAUGCUAUCAACUUUAUUAACCAAAAUCUACAAAAAUUGGAGUCAUACUUAUCUACAAUAGUUAUGAAGCACAAGAGGCCAAGGAAAGUAACUCUUCACUGGAUGCGCUAUACGUGUGGGAUCGUUGGCAUCUCUAUCUGUUCUAUAUGGCUUCUCCGCCAUAGCCGUUUAAUGGGGAGUUCUGACAUUGACAAUUGGAUUUGUGAAGCAAAAGAAUCAACAAUUAGUUUUUGGAAUGAUCAUGUAGAGCAACCGCUUCUCUCGAUAAGAGAUGACCUUUUCCAUACAUUCAGGAAGAGGCAGAAAGGUGCAAUGGAGCCUGAAGAAGUACAGAUAACUGCUAACUCUCUACACAGAAUGUUGCGAGCUUUCACCGAGCAAACAAAAGGUACAAUGCUUCCAGAGAAUGCCACAGACAAUGAAAUGCUAGAAGUAGUAAUGGAAAGAUAUGAAAAAGAAGUGAUGCAUCCACUCCAAAAUCUUCUCUCCGGGGAGCUUGCCCGUGCUUUACUUAUCCAGGUCCAGAAGCUAAAACUUGACAUUGAGGAGGCAAUGCUUGAGCUGGAUCAAAUUCUUCGAGCAAAUGAAAUUAACUUUGCUAUCCUAGCCGCUUUACCAGCCUUUUUCCUCUCCCUUAUCGUAAUCAUGUUGGUGCGUGCAUGGUUUAAACAGGAUACUAGAGCAGAAGGCAGGGGAAGAGUUGCUCGAAUUCAAAGACGACUCCUUAUUGUACAAGUUGAGAGAAGGAUUAUGCAAUUAGAAAGCUGCAAGGACCAAGGACUAGAAAAGGAUGCUCAAUUCAUUUUCGGCUUGGUGCUUUAUUAUCUGGACCGCCUGCACUGUGCAGCAGAGUUGCACGCGAGGGCAACUGGCGAAUGGAUAAGUUUGAGACAGGAUAUCAUCGAUCUGGCAAAAUCAGACAUCCCGACUGCACAUAAACUGAAGAUUACUUCACGAAUGGAGCGCGUCUAUGACUGCUUGCUUCCUCUACCGAAACGCCAGUAGUUCUGCCAUAUCGAGCCCCCCAGCCUUCGAGUAGAUCAAGCAAUGCUCUACGAGUCUUGGACUCGCGAUUAUGUUGCAGCACUUUCUCCAUCUCAUUUUUUUGCCACAUUUAUUCUGGAGCAUUUGCUCUUCCAGUUUUCUCUUCUUCUUUCUCUUUUCAGUUUCUGUUAUUCUCCUCUGAAACUACCCUUACAAUACAAUUCACCAAGUAACCUUAGAGUAUUAAUGAAUUUUCAUUUACAUGAUAAA